AACAGGCGCAUGAGAAGAGCCUGUAGGAAGGCUGUGAAGUCUCAAGUUUUCUACUGGUUAAUUAUAGUUUUAGUAUUUUUAAAUACGGGAGUCUUAGCCACUGAACAUUAUCAUCAACCGAGAUGGCUGGAUGAUUUUCAAGAAAUAACGAACAUAUUCUUCAUCGCACUUUUUUCUAUGGAGAUGAUGCUGAAGAUGUACAGUUUAGGUUUUCAGGGUUACUUUGUGUCGCUAUUCAAUCGAUUCGACUGCUUCGUUGUAAUUGGGUCCAUUAGCGAAAUGAUUCUGACAAAUACAAACGUGAUGCCACCCCUUGGUGUCUCCGUGCUUCGAUGCGUUCGCUUACUCAGAGUUUUCAAGGUCACAAAGUAUUGGAGAUCUCUCUCCAAUUUAGUAGCAUCCCUGCUAAAUUCGAUACAAUCGAUUGCAUCUUUGUUGCUCCUGCUCUUCCUAUUCAUUGUUAUUUUCGCAUUGUUGGGAAUGCAAGUAUUUGGGGGAAAAUUUAAUUUCAAUCCAAUGGAAGACAAACCACGACAAAAUUUCGACUGCUUUUGGCAAAGUCUUCUCACAGUAUUUCAGAUUCUGACAGGUGAGGAUUGGAAUACUGUAAUGUAUGUUGGCAUUCUGGCUUAUGGUGGUGUGGCCAGUACGGGUGUAAUUGCCUGUGCUUACUUCAUUAUUCUCUUCAUUUGCGGUAACUAUAUCCUACUGAACGUUUUCUUGGCCAUUGCGGUAGACAAUCUAGCUGAUGCCGAAUCUUUAACAGCUAUUGAAAAAGAAGCCGAAGAGGAGGCGGAUAAACAUAAAUCUCGUAGCCCGUCGCCAGGGCAGGAUGAGAUGAGUGGAGAUCAAGGGGAUGAUGGAGGUGAUAUAACUGAAGGAGAGGAUGAUGGAGGUGAAACAAGUCUCGAUCAAGAUCCAAAUGAAACCAUGGAUGAUUAUGAGGCAGCUUUAGAUACCGAAAAUUCAGAGAAAGGUGAUGAAAUGAAUAGCAGAGGGAAAGUUCGGUUGAACAUCGAGUCUGAUGAGGAGGAGCUUGAUGUAGAGGAUGAAGAGGACUAUCAAACCGAAAUUCAUGACGGAAUCGACGGGGAAGUUUCAGCAAGACCAAGAAGAAUGUCAGAAUUCAACAUUCAAACUAAGAAACAACCAAUUCCACCAAGCACUUCCUUUUUCAUUUUCAAGCAAAAUAACAGGUUUCGCAUUUUUUGUCACUGGGUAUGUAAUCACAGCUACUUUGAUAAUGUGAUUUUAGUCUGCAUUAUGAUUUCCUCGGCGAUGCUUGCUGCAGAGGAUCCUCUGAAUUCUAAGUCACCGAGAAAUGUGAUUCUCAACUACUUCGAUUAUGUUUUCACCUCUGUCUUCACAAUCGAAAUUUGCCUGAAGGUGAUCUCCUAUGGUGCUUUUUUGCACGAUGGCGCUUUUUGCAGAUCAGCUUUCAAUCUCUUGGAUAUUCUCGUCGUUUGUGUUUCUAUUAUUUCAAUGUUUUUCAGUUCCGGAGCCAUUUCGGUCGUGAAAAUUUUGAGGGUGCUGCGUGUUUUAAGGCCACUGCGAGCUAUCAAUCGUGCCAAAGGCUUGAAGUACGUAGUCAAGUGUGUGAUUGUCGCCAUUAAAACGAUCGGCAACAUUAUGUUGGUCACCUAUCUCCUACAGUUCAUGUUCGCUGUUAUCGGGGUACAGCUAUUCAAGGGGAAAUUUUUUUACUGCAAUGAUGGAUCGAAAAUGAAAGAAGACGAUUGCCAAGGCACAUAUGUGGUAUAUGAUGAUGGAGAUACAUCUAAGCCUAAAGUGUUAGAAAGAAUAUGGGAUAGGCGACGUUUUCAUUUCGAUGACGUGGCUAAAGCUAUGUUGACGCUUUUCACAGUCUCGACCUUUGAAGGAUGGCCAGCAUUGCUGUACAAUUCAAUUGAUUCGAACCAAGAGGAAAAUGGGCCAAUUCAUAAUUAUCGUCCAAUAGUUGCGGCUUAUUAUAUAAUUUACAUUAUUAUCAUCGCAUUUUUCAUGGUUAACAUCUUCGUAGGUUUCGUUAUUGUUACGUUUCAGAACGAGGGAGAACAAGAGUACAAAAAUUGUGAACUUGAUAAAAAUCAGCGGAACUGCAUUGAAUUUGCUCUGAAAGCCAAACCGGUGCGACGGUAUAUCCCGAAGCAUCGAAUUCAGUACAAAGUGUGGUGGUUCGUAACGUCCCAGCCUUUUGAAUACACAAUAUUCAUUUUAAUCAUGAUAAACACAGUAACUCUGGCAAUGAAGUUUUAUAAACAACCUGAUUUCUAUACGGAGGCUCUCGAUGUACUAAAUAUGAUUUUUACGGCAGUAUUCGCUCUUGAAUUUGUAUUCAAACUCGCUGCUUUUCGAUUCAAGAACUACUUUGGAGACGCCUGGAACGUGUUCGACUUUAUUAUUGUAUUAGGAAGUUUUAUCGACAUCGUUUAUUCUGAAGUGAAUCCUGGUUCCAGUAUCAUCUCGAUCAAUUUUUUUCGACUUUUUCGUGUUAUGCGAUUGGUGAAGCUUCUCAGUAGAGGAGAGGGUAUAAGAACAUUACUUUGGACUUUCAUAAAAUCCUUUCAGGCUCUUCCUUACGUAGCUCUUUUAAUUGUGAUGCUUUUCUUCAUAUAUGCUGUAAUUGGCAUGCAGAUAUUUGGGAGAAUUGCAAUUGAUGAUGAAACAACCAUCAACCGCAAUAAUAAUUUUCAAACAUUUUCUCAAGCGGUUCUGAUUUUGUUUAGAUCAGCGACAGGAGAGUCUUGGCAAGAUAUAAUGUUGGACUGUUCAGCAAUAAACGAUAAAGUGAGAUGUGAUAAAAACAGUGAGGAUAAAGAUGCCCCCACUUGUGGCUCAGAUAUGGCGUUUCCGUAUUUCAUAUCCUUUUACGUUCUUUGUUCCUUUUUAAUUAUAAAUUUAUUUGUUGCUGUAAUUAUGGAUAAUUUUGAUUAUCUAACGAGAGAUUGGUCAAUCCUCGGACCUCAUCAUUUGGAUGAGUUUAUUCGACUAUGGUCAGAGUAUGAUCCAGACGCGAAAGGAAGAAUAAAACAUUUGGACGUCGUAACACUUCUGAGGAAAAUUUCUCCACCCUUGGGCUUCGGAAAAUUGUGCCCUCAUAGGGUGGCGUGUAAAAGAUUAGUUUCCAUGAAUAUGCCACUGAACAGUGAUGGAACGGUUCUUUUCAAUGCCACCUUAUUCGCUGUAGUUAGAACUUCAUUACGAAUAAAAACAGAAGGUAACAUAGACGACUGUAAUGCAGAAUUAAGAGCUGUUAUCAAGAAAAUUUGGAAGAGGACAAGUCCGAAAUUAUUGGACCAAGUUGUACCACCGCCGGGAGUGGAUGAUGAAGUCACCGUUGGAAAGUUCUACGCAACUUUCCUUAUUCAGGACUACUUCCGGCGGUUUAAGAAACGAAAGGAGCAAGAGAUGAAAGACGGAGACAAGGACUGUCUUAAUGCUGUUACUUUGCAGGCUGGAUUAAGAACCUUGCAUGAAGCCGGUCCAGAGUUAAAAAGGGCUAUUUCUGGGAAUCUGGAAGAGCUGAUGGACGACAAUCCUGAACCAAUGCAUAGGAGAAAUCACUCGCUUUUUGGCAGCGUAUGGUCAAGUAUGAAAAAGGGUCAUCACAGUUUUCACAGAGCGAGGUCGCUCAAAACAAACUCCACUGUUCCUAAGACGUCACCGACCAAUUCGAUCGACUUUCUGCCAUACGCUUCAUUACGCAGGGUAAAGCAUGACACCUCGAAUCAGAUUACGGCUAGGUCUCAUCAGGUGGUGCCGAAUAUUGGAAGCGACCUGAGUGAUAGUGCUAUGAAUCAACUGGGAACAGAUCCAAGAUUGACUGGAGUUGAGGAAAACAUUCCUCUAAGACCUCUCGCAGUUUUUGGCGGUUCAGGACAGCAAGCUACUUACCCGACAUACAAAAUUCUCGAUCUUCAGGACGGAGUCGAGCGGCAGUUGACGCCUCCCACACCCCCACCACGAAGGAACCCACCCCCACCCGCGAAUACCAUCGUCACCGUCACAGCCACAACAUCCGUCACGACGGUCACCACAGCCGUCACGACUGCCACGAGCACAACGUCGUCUUCGACCACUGCAACGAGCCCCAGCCCCGCUUCCUCCACGAAUGGAGGCACAGCUUGUUACUAUGCGUACGCAGAGCCAGGAUGCUGCGUCGAUUGUGCAGUCUGGACCAAUCAUGCCGUAGUUGAUCACGAGGAUGAUUCUUCGGCUGAGAGUGUAUCCAGUGGAUCCGGAAGGAGGAACGGAGAGACCGAAGGGUGGGUUCGUCCACCAAGAAAAUCUUCUUCUCGACGAUCGCGUCAACGGAAACGAGAUGCUUCUGCCGGAAAGUCAUCUUCUUUUCGUGGAACUGGUAACAUGCCUAGUAGUGGAUCUGGAUCCGGAACCCAAACCAGUGGUCGAACCGUUGCAAACGGUCUUAAACUGGCUCAAACCCAGGCAAUUGCAGUCGCGGGAUUCCUCGCGGAUGUUGAUUCUCGACAGUGGCGGGUCUGCGAUACCUGUUUUUCACAUCGAGCUUCCUACCACGGCAGAGUUUCUUGGGCUGGAGAGAGUAACGGAAGUGUUGGAGCUGAGCGUUUGUCUCACAGUCUACCUGGAAGUCCUUCUGAUCGAAAGCCAAAUUUCGAAGUCAUUGGAAGUGCUGAGAGUCUCGUUGGCCGGGUUCUCGUGGAACAAGGUUUGGGAAAAUACUGUGACCCAGACUUUGUGAGGUACACCUCUAAGGAGAUGCAGGAAGCAAUGGACAUGACUCGAGAGGAGAUGGACCGAGCAGCUCAUCAACUUCUACUUCAGGAACGAAGAGGUCAACCCUUGACCUUCCAACUCCAACAGAGUAUGGAUCAGCAUUACAACCCUUUGUACAAUCCGGGUCAACAGCCAAUCGGAUAUGAGCCUCUUCAGGAGCAGCCGGUUCUUCCUCACCUCCAGCAACCGUUUCAGACCUAUCAGCAACAACAGCCUCAACAGCAGAACCAACAGCAACAACAACAGCAGCAGCCACAGCAACAGCCUCCAUCUUAGCCCAAGUGAAGACGCGCAAUGCGUGUUUCAUCUACCUAAUCAGUCUCUAUCAAAUCCGGCUCAGGAAUGAAUCCGGUGGGCUGCUUUUCUAAAUACAGUGGAAACCAAAGGUCGUAGUGUCUGAAAAUGAGAAUUGAUUUGAAGAUCAAGUGUGAUACUUUGUUUCGUCUCCAAUGACGAUUUGACUGACGAUUAUAGUUACAUGAAGUAACUUUCCACUGAACUGUUCGAAUUCGGGACCGACUUCCGAGUUUCGAGCUUUUGUUGUGAUUCUUAAGAAGAAGAGAGUAGGAAAUUGCCUGAAAAACUCGGUAUAGGACUCCGAAUUUUGGGAAACAUUGAAAUCGAUGUGCGUCAACAACAAACUCGUUUAUCGACAUGCUAAGCGUGUGCAGAGAUGAGUCGUUCUUUUAGAAGUGGUAAGCGUUUACCCUACAGAAAAUCUGGCGAACGGACCGAGCUUUGUAACAGCAACGUAUUUUGUACCGUUUUUUAAAAUCAUAAUUCGACCAAGAGCGUAGUUACUUAGGACUAUCAAGUCGUUAUUAACUCGCUAAGCUGCGCGUUAUUAGCCGUAGAGAAGAUUCAUGGACUUUGCUGGUUCUUUCAAACUUUCCAUUCAAUUUCGACGUCAGUAGAUUUACAUUUUCUAAUAACGUUUCUAAUGGCAUUCAACAUCUCUCCAAUAUAGACGUAUUGCUCCAAGGUACAAAGGGAUUAUGUCAACGUGUAAUAUAAGGUACACCCUGUACCUCGCAGAAUUGAAACGCAUUGCAUUGUUAUUUACUUAUUUGUCACAAAAGUAUUUUGUAUUUUGAACACUCAAUUUACAAGUAUACUUUUGUUAAUUUUAAUGAUUUAGCAUUAUAAUUCAGAACUUUUUUCAGUAGUUCGAUUCAUUGGCGGGUAAAGUAUUAUAUUAGAGUAACACAACAAAAAGUUACAAAUUUUGUAUAAGGCUGUCUCAUUUUUGUUAGGUCCUUAAAAAAAGUUAGCACACGUUUUUCUUUUAUUCAUAUUAUUAAUACGAAUCGCAGGAAUAAUAUAGAGAAAAUACCACUCAUUCGGGAUAAAAUGAGAAUUUUAGCAUUAGGUUAUAAAAAAUCAAAAUUAGGAGAAGUAAUAAUAAACAAACUUAAACAAAAAUAUACAUUCUUCAAAUUCAUUCAUUAGGUCAUAGCAUUAAAUAACCAUUAAUUUUCAAAUACAUACAUUUUUGUAAUUUAUGUAUUCAUAAGAAUCUAUAAAGAAAGAAAUACAGUGAAACUCUUCUAUAGCGCCGAUUGCAGAGCUGAUGAUGGGUGGGAACUAAUUCAUUAUAUCCCGCUCCGAUUUUGUUUGUUCACGCCUGAGAGCUCGCGUAAGUGACAACCGUAGACCCCGCGCACCUCCUGUUACACCAACCUGCGGCGCGGCGUUUUUUCUCGGAAGGACUAUAGAACGGAGGGCUAUUGAAGGGUUUCACUGUAGUUGAGGCUAAUAAAACUAUGGUUGCACUUUGAAGAGGUAGUUUUGGAGUGCCAUGAAAGGGGCUUAGGGGGAUUCAAAAUAAAAAUUCCGGAUACAUAUUCCUGUAGAAUUUUCAUUAGAUCAUGAACUUCUUACAUCUAAUGUGGACAUGAACAUACAACUUUAUUAUAAUUUACACAUUUUAGAUAAAAUUUAUUUUAAAAAUUUCCCGUGUAAUUUAUAUGGCAAACUUCAAAGGCUGUGUGGUGCAUCUUAAUACUGGGCGAUUAAAAAAAACACUUUCGCUUUUUUAAAGACCUAGAUAAACUGACAGAAGCCGCAAACAAAAUUCGAAAUUUUAUACAUUUUUAUUGGGCCACCCUAGUAUUUUACCAUGUAUAGAAUGGAAUGUUAUAGGCCGGAAUUUGGUGGAUUUUUUUUUUUAAGAAAUACCAUUGAAUGUUGUGGGAUGUUCUGCAAUAUUUGAAAAUGUAUGUGAAGUAUCUUCUAUAUUCUAGAAUUUUCUUAAAUAUUCCUAAAUAGAACUUUUAUUUCAAUCUAAAAUUCUAAGGACGUUGUGGAAUGCUUUAGACCUUUACAGAAUAUUCUGUAAUGUUUUGAAUAUUCCUAGAAAUUUCUGAAAAAUUUUGAAUGUUCUAAAAUAUUUAAAAAUAUACAUUCUUACCUUUUAGAAUGCUCUAAAAAAGAAUAUUCUACCAUUUUUACUAAACAUUCUUUUUGCAGAACAUUUUGUAAUGUUUUGAAAUGCUCUUUAAUUUCUUAGAAUAUUUUGAAAUGUUGUAGAAUGUACUAAAAUAGCAUAUUCUACAAUCUGGAAUCCUUAGUAAAAGUUUGGAGUGAAAAAUAUCUGUAAAUUCUGGAAUGUUCUUAACAUUUCUAAAAAAUCUUUGAAUAUUCUGAUAAUAUCUCUAUUUCGAUAUAUCUUUAUUUAAUGAUUGAUAAAUUAUUAUAAGAAGAAAUAUUAAUUUUAUAAAACUGCUAAAAUUUAUACUUAUAAUUUUCUUUAGAGAUAAAAUUGUCUUCUCUAGUAAUAAAAUUGCUGUUUGACUUCAUGGGAAUUAAUACUAGAAUAUCUAUAGUAUUAACAAUAGAAUUACGUUAUAUUUAUUAUUAGAUAUAAUUAAAAUGUUAAUUCAUGUUUGGCAUAAAAAUUAAAUCAUUUAAUUUUUAAUUUUACAAAAUAGAAGCAAUGCGUUUCCAUUCCCUGAGGAGCUUUAUAAAUAUACGCCCAGCUAUACGAAUUGUCAAGUUACAAAUUAUGAUGCAAAUCGGCAACUUUAUACUCGUACAGUAUAAUUUUCUGGGUACCAAAUAGCGAACUGAAAUACGGUGAUUUUAGAAAACAACGGCAAAGUGCUCGGUCUUUUUAUUUACGCACGGUGCGUCUGAACCAAGUUUAAAUGAAAGUUCCAAAUAAUUUUUUUUUUAUUUCUUACGGUAAUAUAAAUAAUAAUCGGUCGGGCGCUUUUUAUGUUUGAUGACCAAAAAGUGAAGAAUUUUUCAUAAGAUCAGGUGGUAAAUAUUGUUUGGCAUUCUUUUAAAUAUAUUUUUUGAUUGAAUGUGGUUGCUUGUCACCCCAUGAACAUUUUAAGAUAAAAAUGAAAUAUUUCAUCGAAAUGUGUCUAUGUUUGAACAAUUGUAAAGGGUUUAUGGAAUAUAAAUAUCAACCAAGAAUAGUUUAUUUGUGUGCAUUUAAAAAAAUUGUUACAUUGAACGUUUAAUUGCGAGUUGCAAUAAAAUUGUAUACUACCACAAUAAAACAUUGUAUAUUAUUCAAACUUUAUUAUUCCCUAUUAAUUAAAGAAACAAACCGAAUUUUUUCAGAAAGUGCUCCUCCAAAUUUUCAUUUUCAUCUUAAAAUGUUCGUGGGGUGAUGGACACUCACACUCAAUAAAAAAUUAUAUUGAACAAAAAGUUUACCAAUAUUUAUGAUAUAAUCUUGAAAAAAUUUCUUAGUAAUUUUAUACAAAAAUCGAGUUUAAAAAAAACAUCACAUUAUUUUUAUUUUGAAAUGUCCUUUGGGUAACAGACAACCACAUUCAAUAAAAAAAGAUAUUCAAAAAAUGUUAACCAGUUUUUACCAUAUAAUCUUGUGGAAUUUUUUCCAUUUCUCAGUAAUCAAAUACAAAAAUUCACUUUCUUCAAGAAGUGCCCGACCGAUUGUUUUUACCUUUAGAUAUUCCUGGGAUGUAAUAUUACAAUAAACAAUAAAAAAAUCCAAAUUACCUGGAACUUUCAUUUAAACUUGGUUCAGCCGCACAGUGUGCGAUGUCAAAAUUAUUGAAUUAUUAUUAUAUAUUAUAUUAUAUAAUAAUUAUUAAUGAAAUUAUUGCCUAGUUGUUUGGAAGCUCGAAGUAAGUUUGUGAAUUGACAAUGCUUCGACGAGAGAUCAGCUUUUUAUGGAAUUGAGUUUAAUCUAGAAACGGUUAGAAUUACAAUUUUAUUUACUUUAUUUUUAUUUGUGUAAGUCCGUUUUUCUCCGGAGAUCCACAAGUGUGUCAAUUUAUUUGCGAAAAAUCAGGGUUGUGAAAAAUUUAGAAAAUACGACUCAAAGUUUUCUUCAAUUCAAAUAAAGAGAUGAAUAACAUUAAACAGUUCUAACUCUUUUACUUCCUGAUUUUUCGGUUUUUCACAAACCCUUGAUCGUUAUCAAAGACCUACGAAAUUCUCCUAAUUUUUAAAACUUAUAUUCCUAUUUAUAAUAAUGUAACGACGGAAGCUUCUUCGCUGAUUUUGGAAAUAUAAGAAUAGUACAAAGUUUUUUGAUUUCUUAAUUCUCUUUAUUAUUACGUUUACGGGGAUCAUAGUGGUUCAACUUUUGAUUGGAGGGAAAAUAGAGGAAUCUUUCUUUAAAAAGAGGAUUUUUCAAGUUAAAAAUACCAGCGUACUGCAAAGAAAACUUAAGAAAUGCAACACUGUUGAUUCAAUCAUACCAGAUUUUCAUUUUCUAUUUUUUGAUUGGAAGGAUAACGGUAUCACUGGGUUAUUUAUAUUUUUUAACCAUUUUUAAUGUAUAUAAGAAAAGAUGAAAAAAAUCAAUUU